AUGAAAAGAUUGAUCAAUCAAUACAAUUCAUGGCAUAUCGUCAAAAGAAAUAUUAACACCGCCAGUAAUUCCAGUACCAGAGUUAUUGGAGUUGAUUUAGGCACCACAAACAGUGCAGUUGCCUAUAUUCCCAAUGGUAAUACAUGCCCCCAAAUAAUAGAAAAUGACAUUGGUGGUAGAACAACUCCAUCAAUUGUUGGAUAUACGAUUAGUAAUAAUAAUAAUAAUAAUGACUUCAACAAAGUUUUAGUUGGUGAAUUGGCUAAAAGACAACAAUUAGUUAAUUCUAAAAACACAUUUUACGCUACUAAACGAUUAAUCGGUAAGAAAACACAAGACAUUCCAUCAACUGAACUAUCUAAUUUACAAUAUAAAACUACCGCUACCAGCGACACUGUUCAUGAAACAAAUGAUCAAGAUAUUGAUUUGGUAUUAAGCAAUGGUGAGAAAAUCACUCCUUUUCAGGUUGGUGCGGAAAUUUUAAAGUAUUUAAAGGAUUGCAGUUCAAAAUAUUUAAAUGAAAACAUCAAUAAAGCGGUUAUUACGGUUCCUGCAUAUUUUAAUGAUUCACAAAGACAAGCCACAAAGCAAGCCGGCGUAUUAGCUGGACUUAAGGUAUUAAGGGUUGUCAAUGAGCCCACGGCCGCCGCUUUGGCUUUCGGGCUGAAUAACAAAGAAAACGGUAUCAUUGCAGUUUACGACUUGGGUGGGGGAACUUUUGAUAUUUCUAUUUUAGACAUUGAAAAUGGCGUUUUUGAGGUACGGGCCACUAAUGGAGACACACAUUUAGGAGGCGAAGAUUUUGAUAAUAUUUUAAUUGAUUAUGCACUUGAAAAGUUUUUGGAGGGGAGUUUCAAUGGUAAGUUGAGCAUGGAGGAAUUAAGAGAGAAUAAAGAACUAAUGCAAAGAAUUAAAGAUGGCUGCGAGCAAGCUAAAAUUGCGUUAAGCCAUGUCACUGAAACCACAAUAGAUAUUCCAUUUGCAGUAAAUAAUAAACAUUUAAAGCUAAAGAUUACAGAGGAGGAACUAGACAUAAUGACUUUACAUUUGAUUAAAAAAACGUUACAACUCGUUAAGAAAUGUUUAAAGGAUGCCGAUCUGGAACCUGAAGAUGUUGAUCAAGUUAUAUUUGUUGGGGGCAUGACAAGAAUGCCACGUAUCAGAAAAGAGGUGGGCAAGCUAUUUCCGGAAACAGUUAAGCUAAAUACAUCUGUUAACCCAGAUGAAACAGUUGCUCUUGGUGCAGCAAUACAAGGCGGUGUAUUGUCUGGAGAGAUCCAAAAUGUCUUGUUAUUAGACGUUACUCCAUUAACGUUAGGUAUCGAGACGUAUGGUGGUGUUUUUUCUCCGUUAAUCCCACGCAAUACUACUGUUCCAAUAAAGAAGACCGAAAUUUUUAGCACUGGAGUGGAUGGUCAGACUGGGGUUGAUAUUAGGGUAUUUCAAGGCGAACGUGGGAUGGUUAAAGAUAACAAGCUAAUUGGAGACUUAAAACUAAGUGGUAUUCCAGCAUUGCCUAAAGGUGUACCGCAAAUACAUGUCACAUUUGAUAUUGAUGCGGAUGGUAUCAUUAAUGUUAGUGCGUCAGAGAAGAGUUCUGGCAAGACUAAGAGCAUAACUGUAAUUGCUAAUUCUGGUUUAACCGAAGAAGAAGUUAGCAAGAUGAUUCAAGAGGCAAAUGAAAAGAGGGAGCAGGAUUCAAUAAUAAAGACUAAUGUUGAAAUUUUAACAAAGGCUGAUAUUAUGAUUAGUGAUACUGAGGCAUCUUUCGAGAAAUAUAGGUCAAGCUUAGUUAAAGUUGACAGCGGUGAUCAAUAUAAAAAAAUUUUAAUGGAGUUGCAAAAAUUAAGAAAAUUGAUUGAUGAAUAUAAGUUGGCAAAUGAGAAAAAUGAUAUUAAGAAACUAUUAUCUAUCGAACGUGAUUAUUUAAAAGAAAGUACUGAUCAGGUUCAGCAUAAGUCAUUGAAACUAUUUCAACAUGCUUCCAAGUUGCAAAAACAGGGGAACUGA